GAAAAAGACAUGCAGUUAACAUUUACGCAAAAUGAAUCCAACGUCAUGGUGAAAUGCUACGCUGAAGGCGUGUACCCAGAACCAAAUAUGACCAUCUCAGCUGGCGAUAUGGAAGAAACACGUCAGAUAGGAAUCGAAACGUCUACGAAAGAUGGGGCCUACAAUAUAUCGGCCGUUAUGACACUCUCCAAUGAAGAGUUGAAAGAUCCAACGACGUUCGACUGCGUUCUUAGGAUUCCGUCGGCGAACUAUACCGUCCGAAGAACUACAGUUUUUUAUCCAGCGGUCACUACAACGACAACGCGAGCCCCAUUAACAACCAGGAACUACAGGACAACGCCUAGGUCAGAGCAGAUUUCGACAGCGACACAGCGAACCCACUAUUUGGACCCAGAUCUUUUUUCCGAAGGAACGAGUAGUUACAGCGAGCCGACGGCGAAACCAGCGUUUGCAUUUAUUGCCGGGGUACUCUGUUUUCUACUACAUAGGCUGUGAGCUGUUUGAAGUGAGGAGUAAGGAGUGUCUUCCCCCGUCCGGUGACCUAUCAGUUUAAAAUAAAUAUAUAUACACAAAUGGAACAAUUCGAGUCGUCGGAACUGCGUCGCAUUUCUGGGGGGCAACACUGCAAAAUGAAACACACGGCACUAUUAACUUCCCCAGGAUCCCGGCGUGCGCGCAACCAAUCAACAGGGUCAUUUAAAACUUUUAAAAAAUAAAUAAAUAUAUAUAUAGAUAUAUAAUAUAUAUCACAUUUGAGGAACCUCCAAGGCUACCUGAAUGCAUAAUAGUUUGUUUCUUUUAACAUAAUAUUUUCUGUAAAAUAUUUGUCUGUGUACUUUAAUAUCUUUGCACUAAGGAUGUUUAAGCGAGGAAACACGUCAAAACCACCUGACCUGUUUCUUUCAGAUUCAAAAUAAUAUUUCGCUUAUUUUACUAACAUUAAUUUUCGUGAAUUUAGUUUUUAGUAUUUAUUAAUGGCGUAUUUAAAAAUUUUUAAAAUCACAAAAAAAUCAUUGUCUAUUUCAGAGUUUAUAAAGUUAUUUGUAUUAUAGUUUUGUGUUUGUCUAGUCGUGUUUUUUUCCAUUUUGAGUGUUUAUUCUUAGCAGGAACAACAAAUAAUAACAAACUUUCUCGAUGGCACAGCCACGAAAGUUUUUUCUCUGCAAUUUACCGUGGCUGUGCUAGUCAUUACUAAAGCGAGAGAGUUUUGCUAUUGUUGAUAUUUUACUAAAAUUACAAUUGUAAAGAGACAAAAAAAUUGUUAUACCUUCGUGUAUGAUUUCAAAUUAUCACAUUGAAGGCUGGAAUUAAAUUAAAAAAAACAAUGUUCGCUAUUUUCUUAUUAUAUAUUUCAGAAGCGUAAACAUAUAUAUUUUUGAUCAGCAUAGAUAUGUAUAGAUUUUGAUUAAUAAUAAUAACUCAAUACGAAAAUGUUUAUUUAUCAAAAUUUCUAAUUUACAUUGUACAAAAAUUUGAAGUUUUGUGGGUUAGAAUGAACCCCACUUGUAAAUAAUUACAUUACGUGAAUAUGUCUAAAUUUAAGGGACGCGUUGGUUUAAUUGUUAUUCUGGUCGAUUGAAAAAGUGUCCUUUGGAACGGCCAAGCCAAAGACGACAAACACAAAACCAAAGAAAUGCUCAAACUAGACCCAAGGGGUUGUUUUAACGGAGCCAAAGUGAUCAGAUUUUUUAAAUAAAUGUAAAAUAAACACAGAAAAUUUAAACACAUCUUUUUUAUCAUUUAUGAAAACUAUAUAUAUAAAUAAUAUACAUAUUAUAUAAACGAACUUUAUUCGACAUUGUAAAUAUAUAAAAAUCAUACAUCUCUAGUUUUCACAAUGUGCAUAUCUCGACGUGGUUUUAAGGAUUGUUAAUUUAAAUAAAAAUGAAUUUAAAAUACUAAUAAAUUGCUGUUUCGAUGUGUCAGAUUAAAAAAAUAAAAAAAUAUGCUAUUAUUGAGUCAAGCCUAAUUCUGAAAUAAUUUUUUAAACUUGAAUGUUAAAUAUUAUAAAGUUAUUAAAAUGUUAUAAUUGUUUUUUCAUUUCAUUCUUUGGCCUAAACUUGUUAAAGUGUUACCAAUCUUUGCUAAUUGUUGUUUUCUGCAAACUCAUAAUGAAUAUAAUGAUAACCUAUGUUUACCUAUUUUUGUCAACCUCAAUAAGGUGUUUAAAUUUUAUAUGUAAAAAAUGUAUGACUUGUAUUGCCGUGUAAAUGUGUAUAGCUAUAAUAAAUUUAUGUUAAUAUGUA